CAUAAAAACCUUUGCAGCUCAAAUUCCGUAUGACUGCUAACAUAAGAAGCUCUCUGUGCUCAUUUUCAGAUUCUGUCUCUUGCCAGGUUUCUCACCAAGACUUGCAUUUUAUCGAGAAACAAACGGAAGGUAACUGAAGAAGGCAUAGUCAGAGGGACGAAGACAUCAGCGUAAAGAGCAAAGCUUUGCUUCUUUUGAAAACCCUAGACCCGAUCCUUGACAAGGAGCUGAGCCAUCAAUCGUCCCAAGAGAAAACAUUGACGAAAGGAAAGAACUGAAAUCUUUUUGAUUCGAAAGUUUGAGAACCUUAAAAAAAGGGGAAAAAGGAAAAGUUUAGUAGUGUGUGUGUGUUUUAGAUGGACAGAUCUAGAUCCAAGAGGAACUAUUACUAUGACCAAGACUAUGAUGGGGAGACCAUGGGUAGGACGAAACCUCGGUACAACAACCAUCACUACCUACCUAAUAGUCAUCGUCACCGUGGAAACAAUCCGAACAACAACAACAACGGAGGCAACAACGGUCGACCUCCGAAUAAGAGCGGUGGUGGUAGCGGCGCCGGCGGAGGGGGACAAGACUCUUCCCUUAUGGUCACUACUAGCUACCGCAUUCUUUGUCACGAUAUGAAAGCUGGGGGUGUAAUCGGUAAGUCGGGUAGUAUUAUCAAGUCUAUAAGACAACAUACCGGCGCGUGGAUCAACGUACACGAGCUGAUUCCCGGUGAUGAAGAACGCAUCAUCGAGAUAUCUGACACGCGUCGCCGUGACCCUGAAGGGAGAAUGCCGUCGUUCUCGCCUGCUCAGGAGGCGUUGUUACUUGUACAUGAGAGGAUUCUGGAGAGUGAUUCACAGUUUGGGUUUGGUGGUGGCGGAGGAGAGGAGGAGGAGGAAUACGGAGCGGUGGCGAGAGGAGGAGGGAACAGGGUAGCGACGAGGUUGGUUGUUUCGAGGAUGCAUGUGGGUUCUUUAUUGGGGAAAGGAGGAAAGAUUAUUGAGCAAAUGAGAAUCGAAACAAAGACUCAGAUUAGGAUUCUGCCUAGAGACCAUACUUUGCCCCGUUGCGUUUCCAUGUCUGAGGAGAUUGUUCAGGUUGUAGGUGAUGUAAAUGCUGUAAAAAAUGCUAUAGCAAUUAUUUCAUCACGCUUAAGGGAGAGCCAGCAUCGUGACCGCAGUGGUCAUUUCCACGGACGAAUGCAUUCACCAGAGCGGUUUUUCCCUGAUGAUGAUUAUGUUCCAAACAUAAACAAUGCUUCACGUAGAUCAUCUAUGGAAGGUUCUUUUGGUUCUCGGAUGUCUACUAUGAAUUACAGAGGCAACAAUUAUUCCUCACGUCCAUCUGGCUUCAUUGAAGCUGGGGCUGCUCCUAUGUCUGACAGUGGACAGCCUCUUUAUGGUGAGGAGCUUGUGUUUAGAAUACUUUGCCCUAUUGACAAGGUGGAUAGUGUUUUUGGAGAGCCAGAUGGCAUAGUAGAUUUACUUCAAAAUGAAAUUGGUGUGGAUGUCAAGGUUGCUGAUCCCAUGGCCGGGUCAGAUGAGCAGAUAAUUACCAUUUCUUCCGAGGAGGGUCCUGAUGAUGAGUUGUUUCCUGCUCAAGAGGCUUUGUUGCAUAUCCAAACUCAGAUUGUCGACCUUGUUCCUGAUAAAGAUAACAUAGUAACUACUAGGCUACUUGUUCCAUCUACCGAAAUUGGAUGUUUAGAGGGAAGAGAUGGAUCGUUAUCUGAACUGAAAAGAUUAACUGGUGCAAACAUACAGAUAUUGUCAGGGGAAGAACUUCCGUCUUGUGUAUCACGGCCCAAUGAGAUUGUGCAGAUUGUGGGGGAGAUAAAGGCAGCUCGAGAUGCUCUUGUUGAGAUCACAUCACGAUUACGCAGUUACUUGUAUAGGGACUUCUCUCUGGACCCUCCACAUUCAGCACCAUCUAUCACUGCAACAGCGUCCAUGGGGAAUGUUUCUCCAAACUUAACUCCAUCUCGUGAUGGUCAAACUGCCAGUCCCGGAACCUAUCAAAAUAUGCCAACGCCAGCAACACCAUCAUCAUCAAAGGAAGUUGUGAAAUCUGGUGCUGAAACAGUGAAGCAGACUGAAUCUGAACGCCGAGAAGAUGUACCAAGUGCAAUUGCAAGUAGCAGAAUCACCGUACCACUUGUUACUAGGAGUACACUCGAAGUUGUCAUACCGGACUUCGCCGUUCCCAAGCUCAUAGCAAAAUCGAAAACCAAACUGGCCCGGAUCAGUGAGUUGUCUGGUGCCAAUGUGACUCUGGUCGAAGACAGACCAAACGAGACACAAAAGAUCAUUCAAAUAUCAGGUACUAUGGAACAGUCUGAGAGAGCCCAAAGCCUGCUUCAAGGCUUCAUUUUGAGCACACAAGAAGAUGGACCGUAAAGAUAAAUGCUGGAACUCGGAGCUGUCUUGUCUGUAUGGGGGAUGGCAUGUUAAAAAAGUUUUCUCGUACAUUAUCCGAUUAUCUCCAGAUGUAUGGUUCUGGAGUUAUAAUGAGGAUUUGUUCAGUGUCAUGUAGGGCAUAAAAAACAAACGAAUAUGUCUUGUCUUUAAAAUCGGUGUUUUAGAUUAAGAACUGUGAGAAGGGUGAGAGUGCUCCAUUGUAAAUUAGAACAUGAGGGAUUCUCUCUGUCUUGGUCUUUUCCCUGCAAUGCUUCAAUUUUUUCCUGAAUGAAGAAGAAAGACUGCAGUUAUUUUCGUUGCUCAAAA